UGUGUUAGCCUGAUGUGGUCCGCUGGUCUGCGGGUAGGAGCACACCAUCCCGGUGCAUGUGUAGCAGCAAAUUAUCGGCUAUUAUCGUCGAAUAGUUGCUGCACAUUGUAUCUUUGUUGUGAUUAAAAAGAUAACGGCGUUGUUAUUGUCGACUGUUGACUGCUAGCUGACGGAAGCUAAGUUAGCCUACUGAAGUUAACUUUGAUGCUACACAAACUAACAAGUUUCAAACUCUAGACCCCAGUCUUCCCCACUCAAGAGGGUUUCAUCAUCGGAGACUAAAUGCAACUGGACCAGGGGGCUUGUGGGCAUGAAGUGGCUGGGCGAAUCCAAGAACAUGGUAUUAAAUGGCAGACGACACGGAAACAAGUUGACCAGCGAGCAACCUGUGAGCCAGACUCGCUCUCAGCACUCACAGCGGUCAUCCCUGCGCCACAACAAAAACAGAAACCGAAGAUGUAGCCGCAGGUUUAACGCAGCCAGUCUGGAGGCAGAGAGGCGAUAUGUGCCCUCCUCAGGAAUGACUGCCAAGGAGUUGUGUGAGAAUGAUGACCUGACCACGAGCCUCAUCCUGGAUCCAUACCUGGGCUUUCAAACUCAUAAAAUGAACACCAGAUUUCGACCAAUUAAAGGAAGGCAAGAGGAGCUAAAGGAGAUCAUCGAGCGCUUCAAGAAACACGACAACUUGGAGAAAGCUUUCAGAGCUUUGACAAGCGGGGACUGGUCCCGAAAUCUUUUUCUCCACAAGACGAAGGCUCAAGAAAAGCUCUUCAAGCAACAUGUGUUUGUGUAUCUGCGGAUGUUCGCCACAGAUAGCGGCUUUGAGAUUCUCCCUUGUAAUCGCUAUUCAUCGGAGCAAAAUGGAGCUAAAAUUGUGGCCACAAAGGAAUGGAAGAGAAAUGACAAGAUCGAGCACCUGGUUGGGUGCAUUGCUGAGCUUUCAGAGAGCGAGGAGAACAUGCUGCUCCGGCACGGGGAGAACGACUUCAGCGUCAUGUAUUCGACCCGCAAGAACUGUGCGCAGCUCUGGCUGGGACCAGCUGCGUUCAUCAAUCACGAUUGUCGACCAAACUGCAAGUUUGUGUCGACAGGACGGGACACAGCCUGUGUGAAGGUUUUGAGGGACACUGAACCAGGAGAGGAAAUCUCAUGUUAUUACGGAGACGGGUUUUUUGGGGAAAACAAUGAAUUUUGUGAAUGCUAUACAUGUGAACGACGGGGCACGGGUGCUUUCAAAUCCAAAGCUGGACUGCCAGUGGAAGUGCCGGUGAUCAACAGCAAGUACGGGUUGCGGGAGACGGACAAGCGUCUAAACAGGCUGAAGAAGCUGGGGGAAGGAAACCGGAGCUCAGACAGUCACUCUGUAGGCUCCCACACCGACGUUGACUCUCAGGAAAUGCCAAAAACACAUCAAUCUGCCAGAAAAAGAACAUCAUCAUCUGGCCUGAAGUAUAAAAACAGGACUCAAUCCAGACAGACUUUGUCCAGAGCCCUUACUACCUCAUGUUCAAAACAAGGUCGUGUAAACAAUAACAGGGUACCAAAGAGACUAAAAUCCCAAUCCAAGCCUUCACUAAGUAAAGUCCAGUUGCGGAGUCGCAGGAGGGGUGCAGAGCCCAAGGCGUUGGCCAAAGGAGAGACUUGCCAGCUGGGUCUCAGGGACUCGAAGGUGUCGCUGUGUAAAGGCGUCACGGUGAAGAAGGAGAAGGAUGGACAGGAGCUGGUGCAGCAGACUUUGGGCCAGCGGGGCUGCCUCACCCGUCAUGCUGCCAAGGAAAACGGCAGUCUACCGCACGUGCAAGGCAGCGAGGGCAGCCAGUGUUCGACGUACAGAACUCGCAGGUCCACGAGGACCCUCGUAAAAGCCCAGGAAACGGCCGCCGGCGUUAAGCUGGAGCCCAGCGCUAUGGACGGCUUGAGCCCAGUCCCUGGUGGAGUGGUCAUUAAAACAGAGCCGGCGGACAUGGAGGAGUACCUGCGCCACGGAGCCGGACUGGAGCAGCCGGUUUUGGACGCCGGCUACUCCAGAAGAGGCUCAUGCAACAGGCGGAAACGGCUGACGCGGCUCAGGACGGAGCGGACGAUUAAAUGCGAGGACUCAUACGGAGAGCCGUUCAUGCCGGUGGCUGCCAGCCACGCAGCGAGCUACUCGGACUGCAGUAACAUGCUGCUGAGCUUCUCCGACCGGCACAGGGACUACAACGGGGUUUCCAACGGCAGCAAGUCCCUUCGAAGGGAAAAGGGUAAGAGCAGCUGCCGCUCGCAGGACAAGGGGAAGAAGAAGCGUCAGAUCACGCGAUACGACGCUCAGCUGAUCCUGGAGAACACCACGGGCAUCCCCAAACUGACGCUCCGCCGGCGGAGGGACAGCAGCAGUAGCAAGACCAAUGACGCCAACGACCCGAUUGGCUCCUCCAACCUUUCUGCCUCUACGGUCAACUCGGCCUCUUCCAGCAAAAUCAGCAUCAAGUUCAGCAAGGACCACGACAAGGACAAAGGCAGCUCCUACAUCGCCAAACUGAAUAACGGCUUCGCCCCCGUGGUCCACAGCAACUCCACCAAGCUGAAGAUCCAGCUGAAGAGGGAGGACGAUGCGCGGAGAAUAUCCCAGACAAAGGCGGACCAGUUGCCCUUUAACGGGGACAUGGGCCAGAGUCUGGAGGCCAGGAAUGGUGGACAUCGGACCCAGAAGGUCUUGGCGGAGCCGUCGUCUGAUGAGGACGACGACGACGACGAUGAGGACGAGGAAGAGGAGGAUGACGAUGAUGACUACUUCGACAAUGAGUUCGAAGACGAUUUCAUUCCACUUCCUCCAGCCAAGCGGCUCCGGCUCAUCGUGGGUAAAGACUCCAUAGACAUCGAUAUCUCCUCCAGGAGGAGAGAGGAUCAGUCUCUGAGGCUCAAUGCAUAAGCUGUGGAGCUCAUCACUCCCACCUUCCCCCUGUAAAUAAAGAUGACUCGCUAAUCAACUGGUGUGUUGAUGUAAAAGAAGUACAGUAAUUUAAAAACAAACAAAAAAAAUUGCUGAAAAAUUAAGAAUCUGAAUGAACAUUACUAGAAGGUGCUGUUGACCUAAAACAAAUCUCUGUUAUUCACUUAUAUUCAUCAGUAAGUUUCAAGUGUAAUUUGAGUUCUUAUAAAAAGAAAUUACGUGAAUUAAUCAAAAGUUUACUCACCCAAUCCUAUUUUCUGGCACUUAAAGGGAUAGUGCAGAUUUAUUGGAGUGUACAUUCAUGAAGUUCUUUUUCACAGUCGGUGUACUAAGAGGGCAGCUGAUAAAUGUAUUUCAGACAAGAAUAAAUUAAGUGUUUGCUGUAUUUAGAAUAUAUUCAUCACUUUACCUUGCUGCCAGAAAGCCCUUUCUGACAGGGAAAUGAAGCAUCUAUGCUUUAUUGAAAGCCACCAGACUCCAUUGACAAACAGUAAACAUUUUACCUCACAGAACAUGGGAGUUGCUGCGCAACCACUGCCUCAAUCAGUUAUUUUUUUAUGUUAUUGUGUGACAUUGGUGUUUUGAGUCACACAAUAACAAUAACCAAUCAAGGCAGCAGUAGACUAACAACUUCUGUGUUCUGGGAGUUAAAAUUACUGUUUUUGUCAUUGGAGUCUGGUGGCUUUGAAGAGAGGAUAAAUGCUUCAGUUUGUCAUCAAAAAAUGUCAGACAGCAAGGUAAAGUGGUGAAAAUAUUUUAAAUCAAACUUAAAUGUAUUUUAGAUGCCAAAAAUUAAAAUUAUAAUAUCAGUUUAGCUGCUGCCCCCAUCCACAGCAGUACAUUGUUUAUCUUCUGUGUCAGUUCUCCUGCCUGCUUCUUCAAACUGGAGGCUUGCAGACUGUCAUCUACUGCAGGUAAAACGCCGACUGUGGAGAAGAACUUCAUACAACCACACUUCCAAAAAAUCCAAACUAUCCCUUUAACCUGCAUGUUAUGCUAAAUGUAAACUGCAGGAAUUUUCCGAGUCAUCCUCCUUUAUAGUUUCUGAAUAAUAAUCUGGCUGGAUCCGAAAGUGAAAAACGAGAAUUUGUUUUAAGUUGAACUCUUCCUUUAAGUGAAUGCACUUGUUAUAUUCAUAAUGGACAUGGAUAUUGUAGAAAGUGUACAGUAUGGUGACUAUCCCCUCUGUCUCAUAGGCAGGUUGUUAUUGAACUUUUUAAUUUUUUCUGUCUCAUGGUUAGUAAUAUUUUUGUGUGGCGAGCCACGCUGAGCACACAGCGUGGUGUGGUUGGUCCAGAGGCAUUAUAAGAUCCUGUCAGUUCAUUUGGAUUCAGGUGCCAUGUUCUCAUUAUCCCAGUAGUUCUCCUGGUAAAGAACCACUUGAAUUUCAGUAAUUUAUUCAUUAUCAACAUUAUUUACUGUGUAAGUUCAUCAUGUGUCUCUCUGUAGAGUUCAAUCAUGUUUAAACCAAUAGAGCAGAGUAAGAGCUGUGAGGCAGACAGUUUUUCAUUUGUUGUCUAUUUUAAAGGGAAAACUGCUGUAUUUUUCUACCUGGACCCAAUUUUCCUACAUGUUUGUGUCUAAGUGAGUAAUGGGAAUAAUUUUAAAAACUGGUUCAGUGUUGAGUGAGCGCACUGCAGCCACAAAACAAUCUGCACCGUCAGAAUACGUCCAAGAAAAGUGUUUGUUUUUGCCACUGAGAGACUCGGAUUGUUGUUAUAAGCAGGGCUUGAAGUUCUGACUAAUUCACUGUACGCAUUUCUUCCUGGACAACUUUUCUGGCACAAAAAUCUUGUCAACAUUAUGGAAAAGACCCUAUAGAGAAAUAAAACUUUCAAGGUUCAUAAAAAGUGUUGAAAGUUUGCAAAAUGCUUAACUUUUUGCCCUCUGGUGUCCCACCCUAAAAAUCCUUCAUGUAAACCAAAAGUCUGUUACUAUUUGAAAUGAAUUGAUCCCUUUAUCAUAUUUGUUGUAUCUCUUUGGCUGAUCCCUAAACAAGUCCUCUGUUGAUCCCUUACUCUGGAAUUGAAUGAUCAUGAUCAAAACAUGCAAUCAGAGUUUAUAUCAGCUGGUAAAAUAAACACAAUGUCAAUUUAUAUUCAGUUCUAUUGAGGCUUUAUGGCUUUGGAAGGUACCUUGAAAGUGCUUGAACAUUGCUCUUAAAAAGCUGUAGGAACCCUUUUGUUUACUUAUUGUUUUAUUGUUUGUUACUGUGUCUGACAAAGUCUCGUUCUGAAGUCCUCUUCUACAUUGUCGAAUCUGCAAAAUAUUCCGCCAUGACUUUAAAAAUCUUUAAAAGAAUACUAAACUACACAACAAACUCCUCUCUCCAACUCUUAAUUUCCACUGUUGUUUUUGGGCCAGUCACUUCUAGAACGAGACUUCUCCUUGAGUGAGACUUGGUUAGACACAAUAAAACAAACCGGAUCAAGCAAACGGUAAAUAAAUAUUUCUUAAUUCUCUGCAGGAAGCUUCUCAUAAUGUCUAACUAACAAUAACAACCUGAGUCUGUUAGUGGCAAAACCAACACUCUUAGUGGACGUAGACUGACAUGCAGCUGCUGGUUGCAUCGCUCUUGCUCAUUAGUGGACCAAUUUCUAACAAUAUUGUCCCAAUUAGUCACUUGGACACAAAAACAUGAGAAAAAGGCUCCAGGUUAAAACAUUCUCUAGUUUCCCUUUUAAGCAAAUGUGUGCUAUCAUGUUAUUCACCGUAGAAGAAGCUGUUGAGGCUGACAGUUUGAUGUGUUUUGUAUUUAACAUGCACCAAAAGUUAACGUGCUGCUGCAGACCACUGACACGAUAUCUCACAUUAAAGAAGAAAAACCUGAAACAUCCGCAGUAACAAUAUGCAUGUAGAGUUUAACUGUGUGUGUUCAGUUUGCCUGCAGUUGUCACACAUUCAUGACAAUUUAAUGGAGUUGCACAAUGUUUUUUGUUCUGUUUAUUCCGGUGAUUUGACUCCAGAGCGCUUGUAAAUAAAUCAAAUUAAUUAAGCCGCUGCAGAAGUCCGAGAAAUAGAAGCACACGAGGUUUUAUAAUCAGAGAGUAAAGAGUAAAUGGACUUUGGGAGCUACUGUAUAAUGGCAACAUGGCACACGUAAAUCAAAUCAAUCCAUACAUUAAGGCUACCUAUAUGCUUUUUAAAUCUGAAAAGUAAUGUACAGAAAGACUGGCUCAUGUCCCUCAGCUGAACAUUUAUUUCCUCUCAAAGUCCAGUCUCCCUUUUUCAGAUUUCUGGAAGUUAAAAUCCACACUAGAGUUUAGGGAGGAAAAGAAAUCACAUUUUAACUAGCGUAGAAUCAUGUAUUCUUUUCUCUAUGGUGCUACUUUUAUUUCCUCACCAUCUUUGUUUGAGUUUCUGUCCUGUGUGUAACUUUUUUUUUGGUAGAUGGUGGCAGCAUUAACUUCAACAGGCCCAAAAAUGAUGUAAAAAUACACUUUUUUAAUGGUUAAAUCACAUUUUGUUCAGUUGUGUCUGUAGCAUAUUUAAGUUGUUUUUAAAGGUUUAUUUACAGGAGGUCAUAUGUUUUUUUUGUUUGCAAGAGAUGUAGAAAAACUGUCUAUCCAACAGCAUUAGGUGCCUUAACAAAGAGCUUUUUCCUACAUUUAGACCAAAUUUGUAACUAAUCAGUGACAAUGCUAAGCCAUCUGCUUCCCCCUUGAAAUAUGGAAACACUUCAACACGCCGUCAGUCCUUCUGUAUAUUAUUUUAUUUUUCUGUUCUGUGGAAGUUAAGCGAACUGUCCAAUAGAUCAAGGGAUCAACUGAGAUUGAAUGUUAACCCACUUCUCCUUGUGUUAAUAUGUACUGUUCAUAUCACCAGCAGCUAAUCACCGUUCUGACCCUGGCUCAGUCUGUCCUUCCUCCCUGUCGUCGGACGUCUCCAUCCUACACUGUAAACUGUUCCAGGUGUACCGUCUGUGUGGUCUUUGUCCAAUAGACAGCUGUCUCAAGAUUUCCAAUUGAUUCAAAACGUUAAAAAAGAGAAGAAAAAAAAACAAGAAAAAACAAAAUGUGAAUAGUUUGCGGACAUUUUAGCGUGUUGCGUGGGUAGUGGGAAACGUAAAGAGAAUUAAAAAUGGACAGUGCAUAUAUUGUCCGAUAUGUAAAUCAUGUGAACACAUCUUGUACUUAUUUAACAGUUUUGAAUACUUGAAAACUAUAUAAAGUUUCUUUGUGACUCUUG